GAGAGAGGAAGAGAGAGAGAGAGAAGCUAGAGGAAGAGAAGUGAGUGUGGUCAUCUCAGUGGUCUCUGCUGUGGUCUCUGCUGUAACACUGAAUCUGAACGGAAUGGAGGGAUUAAACGGAGGGAUCUAAAGCUUUUGGAGGAAGCAGAAGAACGAGUGACAAAAGAAGGAGUAUUUCAGGAUCGGGAGAGCAGCAGGAUUGAAAGGAGUCUAGGUGGUGUCCAUGGGUCCCGUCAUGCCCCCCAGUAAGAAGCCUGAGGUGUCUGGCAUUAGUGUAGCCAGCGCCAGCAUGUCCCACCUCUAUCAGACCGGCUCGCUGUCCCGCGCCCUGCAGGAGGCUGAGGAACUUGACCUGGUCCUCCCCGUCCACCUGGCCCUCCCCUUGGCACCCCUCCCCGGUGGGGCCGCCAAACCAGAGAAAGGCACCGCCACCCCGGGUAUGGAGGACGAGGAGUUGACCAACCUCAACUGGCUCCACGAGAGCAAGAACCUGCUCAACAGCUUUGGAGACCCCGUGCUGCGCAGCGUCAGCCCUGUGGGCGGCGAGGGGGGUGGUACCCGCGACGGGGACCCCGACGACACCCCGCCGUCGCCGUCGAUGGUGGGCGGGGACCUUCCAUACGAUGCCCAGCGCAACCCCAACUGUAAGCCGCCCUAUUCAUUCAGCUGUCUGAUUUUCAUGGCGAUUGAGGACGCUCCGUCCAAGAGGCUGCCCGUGAAGGAGAUAUACAACUGGAUCCUGGAACACUUCCCCUACUUCGCUAACGCUCCCACAGGCUGGAAGAACUCUGUCAGGCACAACCUGUCCCUCAAUAAGUGCUUCAAGAAGGUGGACAAGGACAGGAGCCAGAGCAUUGGGAAGGGGUCCUUGUGGUGUGUAGACCCUGAGUACAGGCAGAAUUUGAUUCAGGCGUUGAAGAAGACACCUUACCACCCUCACGCCCAGGUCUUCUCUACUCCCCCCACCUCUCCUCAGGCAUAUCAGAGCAUGUCCAGUCCUCCUAUAUGGCCAGGGAGUCCCUUCUUCCGAAAAAAUGGAGGGGUCCUCCUGCAAGUCCCUCAGGGAGUGAUCCGGAACGGAGCCAGGAUGAUGAGUCAGGGACUUUACCCAGGAAUACGACCACUGCCCAUCAACCCCUUAGAGAGCAGGACAGCCGCAGUCAGGCACACAGACGAACACACUCAGUCAGAGCAGAGAGAGAGAGGAUCUGUGCUGUCCGGAGGCUGUCGGAAGCAUAGCAUCAGCCAUCCCGCCUGCGACUCCCCGUUGGUCAGCAGCGACCCCAAGGAGGACCACACUUACAGCACCAACCAAUCGGAUGACGGCAGCGACUACACUAGCGACUCCAGUCUCCGCAGCAACGGCCCCGUCGCCCGGGAUGUCGCCAACGAUUCAGACUUCGACGACGAGGAUGAUGAAGAUGACAAGAGCAAGAUUCAGCUGGAGAUCAAGAAGGAAGAGCCACGUGAUUGGCCCAUAGACACGAUAGACUCCGCCCUUUCCAGCCAGCAGCACAACAAGAAGCGGCAUCACUUCCUGAAAGCCAAGCAGCGGAUGGGUGUGGCUAGUGAUACGCUCCCGCUGAAAAAACGGCGCACGGAAAAGCCGCCGGAGAGCGAUGACGAGGAGAUGAAGGAGGCAGCGGGUUCGCUGCUCCACCUGGCGGGCGUCCGCGCCUGCUUGAACAAUAUCACUAACAGAACCGCCAAGGGCCAGAAAGAGCAGAAAGAACCCACGAAAAACUGACCCAUGAGACUUGAAAGAGAGACUUAGCUGAGAGAGCGAGAGAGAACGGAAAUACAAAACAUCACUUUUAAUAUAGAAAUGUAUGCUUUCUUUUUUUCAGGAUAUCAGGUGAAUUCUGAAUGAUUUGUGGCAAUAUAAAAAAACAAUCACUUUGUUUUCCUGUAUUUAAAGUUACUGUUUAUAGGGUUGAUUUUCUUUUCUUUACAUUUGUUUUAAUUAUUUUUUAUUUGUUUAAAGGAGAUUAAAGCCAUAGAUGAACCUUUUUCUGAUAUUCAGCUAAGUUCGCAGGUUUCCGUUGGCUGAAAGUAAAGUGAGCGAGAGAGAAAAAAAAAAAGCUUUUUGAAAAACUGCCCCAUCGUGGAUUGGCUUGGAUGUGUGGAAUAGGAGAUCACCUUGUUAAUGUCAAAAAUGUGCCCAAUCUGCAGCUAUUGCCCUUUACAGUCUCAUCAGAUGCAGCUAACACUAAGUCAAUUUCUACAGGCUCAUAACUUGUUACUUCAGUAGAAUUUACAGGUAAAACGUUAUUAUGAGGUGCUUAUCACGGACUAUUUUGUUUUUACAGUGAUAUACAUCAUUCAAAUGAAAUAAAGUUAGUAUUCAGGGUCAGAUCUUAACCAUUGAUGUCUAUGGGCUGCAUAUUUCAGUUAGGACGUGACCAUAUACAUAAACGUCACAAUAACCAAGCACAAAUCCACAUGCUAUACUGGCUAAAGCAAUGUUUAUAUUAGUUAACUAUUCCACUGAAGUAACACAGGUAUAUGCUGAGUGCCACAGAUAAACAUUGUUUGGCAAACUAUCCCCUGUGUUGGGUACAAAACUUUCAAAAACAAUGGCAUUCUAAUUUGCCUUGGAACUUCCGGUGCUAAAAAGGCGGCUAUAAAAAAAAAUAUAUAUAUAAAACCAAGUUUGCCAGCUCUGUCUUGUCUGUGUGCAAGGAAGCUGCCACAGAAAAAAUGUUCCAUGAAAUUCUGGGAAAUUGUUAGCUUUAGUGACUAUUAGCCUAGCCAACCCCAUAGAAGAGACACUCAUCAGUAGCGUAGCCAAGCUCAUAGAAGUAACACUAGGUAGUCAGUUUAUGUGUGUCAGUGUUGGGACAGUGCCAAAGAGAAACUCUUGGUCAGCCCAGUGAUGAUGGUAGCACUUCCUUAGCUAACUGUCCUUCUGACCGCUAAUCACAUUUAGCCACCAGCGCUAGCUAGCGUGCCAAUACGGAGGGGACAGUUAUGUUUUCACCUUAAUGGUUGACUGUAGGACUGUAAGUGGGAUGAAGGACACUGGUACAAGUUAGAUGUAGGAAAGGCUUAGUGUUUUGACAGGGUGUUCUCUAAAUGUAAACUAAUUUAGUUCGCUAAAAGCCAUAAGCUAAUAGUCUAGCAAGCGCUUAUCGGAGAGGGAAAUAACUGACAAUAUGUCAAGAUAACCUCAAAACUGCCUGUGUCCUUUUAUGAAAGCAAUCAACGUGAAUCAUUGAGUUAUAAUCCAGUGACAUGAUGUAGUGAUAUUUUUCCUGUGGCACAAACACCUGAAUACCUUCAUUGGUUGGAAAGGAAAUGAUGCUAUGGAACCUGCCAAUUAUAUUUUGUGUGAGAAGAAUAAUGAUAUGACUGUGGAGUUGUUAAUUUUUGUGUUUUUUUCUGUUGUGUGUGUUUACUUACCCACUCUCAUGACGUAAUAAAGCAAUUUCAUCCAGUCAGGAUAACACUGUACAAAAAGUUAAUAAACUAGAUUUUGAUUUUCUUUUGAAGCAAUGUAGCCAGCAGGAUUUUUCCAAAUCGUGUUGCAUGGGUUCUGUAAAGAAAAAGAGAAAAAACUGUUUUCUAUUCAGACAAAGUUCAUGUUAGGUAAAUAAUGUAUUUAGCAUGAAGCAUGAAUUAUUUUCAUAUAAGUAUCCUAGCGAACAAAAAGGUUCUGCCUCGAGGUUCUGCGCCCAUAGGUGUGGAAUCCUUCUCUGUUGUUUUGUCUUUUUCUUUUUGACUUGAUGAUUUGUUUCCUGUCGUCCUUUCUCAUCUUUGUUUUAACAGUGGGCUUUGAAAAAAUACAGUAAUAACAUCUUGUUCAGGGACAAAAAGACGGUCUGUGGGGCAAAUCUCUUUCUGCAAUAUGAGGAUUACUCGCUCCACCCGUGGAUACAGGGCUAGAUAGCAACUCCCUUCAUCCAUAGUUGACAAAACCAGAAUGUCCCAGUGUUUGUAUGUAGUCGCUAGAUGGCCAUGCUAGAAAAGACAACAUUUUAAAAACUUAUUGGCAUGAAGAUCAGUUAUUUGUGGACUGAAAGCACCAAACUUUCAGCGUACCUCUGUCCUCUCCAGCAUGGCCGUAUAGUGACCACUGUGUCUGAUGGGUUCUCCCUGAUGGCUGAAUGUUGGAGCCCAUGUGAUAAAAGAGAGGUUAGGUAGUGAGUGUCAGUCUUCUGUUCCCCUUCUCUGUGCCUGUUCUUCCAUCACCUCUUUCUUUUUUAAGGUUUUAGCCGUCUUUGAUAUUUCAGGGUCUUCCAUUUUUCAAUGACACACGAGUUUAACCGAGUAAGUGUUUUUAUGUUGUUGUUGUUUUGGGUUUAUUUUGUGUCCCUCGCUGUGUUUUUGCCAUUUCUACUCUAGCAACUCUUCAGGUCUUGUUGUCAGUAUUAUUAGGCAGGCUACCAUAGACUCGUUGCACAUGAAAGUAACACAAAGUAAAUGGCACAGUACGAUGGCAAGAUAAAUACAAACUCUAUAGUGCAUAUGUUCACAUUAUCUCGCCAGAUUGCACUAAGAUAUUAAAAUAAAGAUAUUGUCUAAGUUCAGUGCCAAAGCCUGUAAUAAUUCCUUAUCUACCUGAAAUAGAGGACACACAUAUUUGAUCUGUAUGUCAAGACAAAAAAUGACCAGUGAGCUGUAGCAUUUCUAUCAGAUACCCUUUCUGCGUUAUGUGCUACUGAUUUUUGUUGAAACUUACCACAUUACUUGGAAUUUUUUUGUGCUACCGAUCAUUGCUCAUUGGGAUGAUUUUCAUUUAUUAGUUGAAUAUAACACCCAAUAUCUCAUAGUGCACGACUCUUGACCAGAGCUAACCCAGAGCUAACUAACCCAAUGUGGCUCUGGUCAAAAGUAGAGCGCUAUAUGGGAAAUAAGGUAUCAUUUGAAGGAGUCCUUAUUUGCCCUGGAUUAAGAUGAGGUGAUGAGCUUCUGUCAACUAGACUGCUUUCGUGUGUCAAUCAAUGUAUCUUCAACUGAUAAAUAUAUGAUAUGAUUUAUUCCCAUUGUUUGUUACGUUAUCCUUUGAGGAAUACUGCCUUCCUUGGACGGUAACAGUCACUCGAUAACUCGUCCUCCAAUCACAAUCCUUCAGGUGCCACAAUGUCGGAGGAGGACGACGUGUUCUCAAAAUAUUGAAUAUGAAUUAUUAUUAAUGAACUGUCAAAAUUAGCCUGGCAAAUAAUGAUAUAUUGAUGAGUCAAAAAAAAGUGUUUCUUUGUUUCAUUGUGUUUUUUGUUGAUAUUUUGUUUGGUUUCUGUCUGUUCAACUGCCAUUUUUCAGUUUAUUGUUUUGGAGGGGUUUUCUGAGGAGGAGGAGGAGGAGGAGAAGAAAGAGCAGUGGAUCGUCAGUUUCAAGUUAUUUGUAGUACACUUCACCUUGUAAUCAUGGAAACUGCAUGGUACCUACUAUUUGGUCUCGAAGGAUCCGUAGUUGUGCUAAUCGCUGAAACGACUGCCAGCAAUUUCGUUAUACCACUAUUAUUGGUAACAAAGAAACAAAAUACCAAAAAGUCACCAUGUAGUUUCUAUGUAAAUAACAGGCAGGUGGUGUUCUGUAAAAACAUGCUACCGAUCAUUUCUGUGUCCUGUUUUUGAACCAUGUAGUCUUGAUGGCAUGACCUUACAGCUGAUCUGUUAAUAUGGAGACCGACCUCCGUAGGUGCGCUCUGUAUUUCCUUGACGUGUAUUCACAUUGCCAAAGACCAACUACUUCAUCAAUUCAUGUAAAUAUCACCUUGUCCAUUACUAUGACGAAAGUAUGUUUGUUUAAAAAAAAAAUGGUUUUGUUUUUCCGAAGAAAACAAAAAGCUAACAUAAAGUUUCUGUGUUGUAUUGUCUUCCAGUUGCAAUAAAAGAAAACCGCAUUGCAAAAAGUUA